AUGUUAUUUAACCUUAACAGGUGUAUCACCAGUCAACAGUAUUAUAACAACACUGGCAGGAAGAAGAGUAAAGUUCGUCUCAAUGACCAGCUUGUACCAAAACCAACUGAUGUAAACAUAGCGGAGAAGAUGAUAAAGAGUGCAGCUCCAAAGGAACAUCCGUAUUCAUCCCAUAUCUCCCGGUUUACAAUGUUCCCGUCCUUCCGCUCUCCAGAUGACCCUGAGACAGGAGUCAGAGCUGCUUCCAAAUCUUACCUCAGCCCUCUCAUCCCAAACAGUGCACCGGACAUCACUCUGCUGAGCAAAACUAUUGGUGGUCCAUACAGACAUGAAAUCUUGGAGACACCAAUAAAAACCAGAAAGAAGGCUGUUACAUGGUCAGGAGACCACAUCUUCUUGGAUAAUGCAAAGCCAUUGAAGGGAGAGAACCAAGUGUUCUACCCAACUCCUCCAAAGACAGUGCUGCCUAACCCUAAACUUCGUGACUGGGACCUUUCGUUAUCUGAGCGGGCAUGCAACAUGCUGAAAAAUCUGGAGAGGACACACUGGGUCACCUCUUAUCAAAUGCACUACACAGGAUCUGGGCCAGCAAAUCCUUUGAAGAUCGAUGACUUCAAAGAAAAAAUGAGUGACCCCACUGGGAUGAAUUCACAAACUGCACCACUGAGAGAAAGGUCUUAUCCUGUGUUUGUUCCCUCUAAACAAAAACAAGGAUGUGUAAGAAAAUGUGGGAGCUGUGUGGGGAGGAGGACCUGCAGUCCCACUGCUGCUGAGCUCCUAAAUCCAUCUUCAGCUCCAAAGCAAGGCACUGCUACAGCUACUACAAACCAACAUAGGCCACAAGAGAUCACAGUUAAGCAUAACGAGGCACCAGAUUUAAAUCCAAAGGACCAUGGUAAAUCAGAGAACAGCACCGGCUUCACAGAAGUGCAGAGCGCUGAGCUGUCCCAGGAGGCACAUAGGCAGCAAACUGAGUGCAAAAACUCUGUGUUUGAGGACAGGGAGAGAGAAAACUGCAAAGUCCAUUUUGAUGAAAGUCUCAUGCAAGCACCUGUGUCACAGAGCAGCCAAGAGGCUAACACUGCCUGGAUCACAGACACAGAGCGAUCCCCGGACCUGUACAACCACCCACUUUCCCAGGGAGAGAUCGACAGAGAGAAAAGCCUGACUGAGCUCUGUGAUGAACCAAGCUGCAAAAAGCAAUAUUUUAAAGUUGGAAGAAAUUCAUUCAGCCACAGUCAUUCAGCUGUAUCCAAAGACCAGGCAGAUAUUAACUCACAUACUGGGCUAUCGCACAAUAUCUCUAACCCCUGCAUCCUGCCGAGGCCUCCCAUCCUGCCUGGUAUUCACCCAGUUGACAGAGUUGGGAUUAUGGGCAGAGAAAAUGCAGCACUCAGCCUCCUAGACUUUCAAAAUGCAUUCAGUAAGUCUGAAGUCCAUUGCAACUUCAACAGAUCCAUCGCGCAUGCUACUGUGGACCUGAGGGACAACGCAGUCACAGGGAAAAAACAUGACUUCUUUGGGAUCAACUGCUACUACCUCCAUGGAUAACCUCAUGCAUAUAAAUUCAAAUGCCAGUGAUUUUCAUCAUCACUGAAAUAUUUUACUUUAAAAAUAUUAAAUAAUCUGAAAAAAAACUAUAUCAAGUUGCUGAAAUUCUA